AAAACUUAUCUGUCAAUGACAACUAUCUCUGUGAUAGGUUACUCUUAAAGCUAUCAUAAGGCUUGGGGGAGGGGGGAUCUUGAUUUGGUAAGAAGCAGCCAGGCACUCGUAGCGCAAUGCGAAGAUGCUAUCUAGGUACCUACCUAACAUAAUGAGAGCUGGCACGCUCAGUUCUUAUACGCUCUCCGAUAUUGCAGUAUUGCUAGUGCUGUGUUAUCAUAGGAAAGGUUGAUCGCGACAUCGCUUGGUUAUUGCUUGAGUGCAACUCGCAUGUAACCAAUAUCACCUGAGCAGUUCUGGAGUGGUACAACGCGACGCCGAGGUCUUAUUCUCUCCUUUAACGAUGGCGGAAAACGAGAACCACAAAACGACCAUAUGGUCGUCCGCACAACAAGCGCCUAGCCACCAUGGGGACAGUAGUCACGGCAGGUCUCGCAUCGGAAUCCUAUGGAUCAGGCUCAUGAGCCAUGUCGGGUGGUAUCCAAAGGGCAUGCCGGAAGAAGAAAAAUGGCUGAUCUUGAAACUCGAUUUGAGCAUCUUGAUCUUCGGCUGCCUGUCCUUCUUCACCAAGUACUUGGACCAACAAUCCAUCACCAACGCAUAUGUCAGCGGUAUGAAAGAAGAGCUCGGCAUGCACGGCGACGAGCUCAACUACAUCACGGCCACCUUCUGGGCAUCCUACUGCACCUUCAUGAUUCCCGCCUGCUACUUCUUGACGCACUACCCCGCCAACCGGGUUCUCCCGGCUCUGGAAAUCGGCUGGGGGCUAUCGACCUUCGGCCUGGCUUGGGCGAGGAACGUCGAGACGCUCUACGCCAUGCGGUUCUUCACCGGAGUCUUCGAGUGCUGCUCCUUCACCGGAACUAUCUACGUCAUCGGCUCUUGGUAUAAGCCGGGCGAGAUCGGCCGACGCGUCGCGCUCUUCUUCAUCGCGAGCCCGCUGGGCACUAUGUUUGCUGGAUAUUUGCAGGCCGCGGCUUAUACUAACCUGAACCAAGUGCACGGUCUAGCCGGCUGGAGAUGGCUAUUUAUCGUCGAUGCUAUCAUCACGCUUGCUAUAUCAGUAUUCGGUUUUUUCGUCUUCCCCGACGUACCGACGAGGAAGAAGCCGCGCUUCAUCACGAGCGAAGAGCACGCACUUGCGCGCAAACGCAUCCAAGGGCUCGUAGCUCCGCCGCAGCUGCAACUUUCGCGCAAUAUCUUCAAGCGGGUCUUUUCCCGCUGGCACUGGUACCUCUUCGUUCUCCAAUGGACGCUGAUGGACCAGAACUUCCUCCCGGGAGGCCAGCCGUUCUCUCUCUACCUGAAAGCGAAGAGUGAGAUAUACUCGGUCGUUCAGAUCAACACGAUACCGACUAUCGUCACGGCGGUGAGCAUUGUUGUUGCCCUGCUAAGCGGUAUUGUUGCGGAUAAGACUGGACGGUUCUGGCUUCCUGCGAUCGCAGUGACUUUCCCGGUGCUCGUGGGUAUGAUACUGCUUGUAGCUUGGGACGUUGGCGAGAGCGGUCGUCUAGCUGGGUUUAUCCUCACCGGAUUCGAGGCUGCUUGUUCGCCUCUAACUAUGGGAUGGGCAUCGGUGGUCAUGGCUGGAGAUGCGGAGGAACGCGCUGUAGUGACAGCCAGUAUGAAUGCCAUCGGCCAAGCUAUUACGGCUGGUACGCAGGUGGUCCAGUUCCCUGCAAGUCAUGCACCCAAUUUUCGCGGAGGAUUUAUAAGUAUCCUAGCCACGACUGUAGCACAACUCGGUGCUAUCCUUGCUAUCCUCUUUCUAAGUCAUAGGGAACACAAAACCAAACAAAAACAUGGAGAUAUAUCAUCCGACCCAGAGGUAAAGGCGGUAGACGGUGAGUUGGACAAGGCAUUAGAAGCUGGUCGUUGAUCAGGGGUUGGAUAUUAGAUAAAUGCUUAGCAACUGUAUAGGAAAUGCCUGCUGACUGGGUUCAUAUCCGCUUC